CCAGAGAGAUAAAAGAUCUGGACAGAGACAGACAUCUAGAAAGAGAGAGAGACAGAGGAGAGAGAGAGAGUAGAGAGAGAGAGGAGAGACAAAAGACUGAUUCCCAUCUCCAUAUCAAAGUGUUGUUUACAUCUCUCCUAUACCCUGUUCGCAUUUGAGCCAAUGAGAGCUUAGAGAAUUACUACUACAAAGUGAAAGAGAUGGGAAAAACAAGCAAGUGGAUUCGAAGCUUCCUGACGGGGAAAAAAGAGAGGGAUCAAAAGGACAAGAAAUCGAUCAACAACCCAAAUUCGGUCAUCACCGACAACCCGGCGACGACGCCGAUCACGAUCCCGCCGUCCACGCCUAGGGAGAAGCGGCGGUGGAGCUUCCGCAGGUCUUCCGCGACGAAUUGUCCGAAGGAUUUGAGCUGCGCGGAGGCCGCCGCGAUUCCGGCCACGCCGCCGCCGUCGGCGGGGACAGGGGCGGCGGGGGCGGCGGGGGCGUCGGCGGUAGAAUUGGAGAAUGACCAGAAGAGGCACGCAUUGGCAAUGGCAGCGGCGACUGCUGCGGCUGCGGAUGCGGCCGUGGCGGCGGCGCAGGCCGCUGCCGCCGUGAUCCGGUUGACGUCCGUGGCGGCCGGGAGGGCUAGUGCUGUGGAAGAGGCGGCGGCUGUGAAGAUCCAAUCUGUUUUCCGUUCUUAUUUGGCAAGGAAAGCACUAUGUGCAUUGAAAGGGCUAGUGAAGUUGCAGGCGUUGGUGAGGGGUCACCUAGUGAGGAAACAGGCCACGGCUACCCUCCGGUGCAUGCAGGCAUUGGUGACGGUUCAAGCCAGGGCUCGAGCUCAGAGGAUCAGAAUGUCUGAAGAAUUUAACCCUAACGAUAAUCCUUAUCAGAAACAACUAAACUACAGAAAACCUGCACCAGACAAUAGGUUCAGGCUCCCUUAUAAUGAAAUGGACAGGGGAAUGGAGGAGAACAUCAAGAUAGUGGAAAUGGAUCUAGGAGAAUCGAAGGGCAGCACAAAGAGCAGAAACAGCUACUCAAGCUCACACUCAUUCCACCCACAAGCCGAUCGGUUCGACCACCGUUUCUCCACUCACUCCGCCCCGAACCGCCCCUACUCAAGCCACAACAACCACCGCGACAUAUCACCAUCCCCGUCGGCAGCCCUAACGGAAACCAGCCCAAGAGCCCUGAGCAGCCAUUUUGAGGACUACUCCUUCGGCACGGCCCUAAGUAGUCCUCAAUACUACUCUGCUAUGUCCAAACCCAGUGAAUAUGCAGAUUCCCUAUACAAUGAUCACCCGUUUUUUCCAAGUUACAUGGCAAACACCGAGUCGUCGCGAGCUAAGGCGCGGUCACAGAGCGCGCCCAAGUCACGGCCGGAGGGGUACGAUCGACAGCCGAGCAGGCGGAGGGUGUCUUUGGAAGGAAGGAACGUGCCAAAGGCGGUGAGGAUGCAGAGGUCUUCAUCUCACGUGGGGUCCGCCGCACCCAACUUCCAUUACCCGUGGUCGGUUGUCAAGCUUGACCGGUCGUGUGUCUCGCUGAAGGACAGCGAAUGUGGAUCAACCAGUACCAUUCAAACCGUUCAAACGAAUGCUUACUGCAGAUCUCUUGUUGGAUUCGAUGUCAAUGGAAAUAGGUACUGAAAUUGAUUUCGUACCAUACCACUGCUGACUACAUGUUUUGUGUGGAGCAACUGGAAGCAAUGUCAGAGGCUAGACAACGGAUCAACGGUUGGGGGUUGAGGGGUCCUACGCAGUAAAGCUAGUUAUCGAUAUCCACUUUGUAAUGCUUGAGAUUAACCUCAUCGGAUGAGUUUUGUAAUCGGCAGAUUGUCAAUAUGCUUCACAAGAAUGUGCAAGACAGUGACAUGGUAAUAACUAUGGAGCUUAAUCCUUCUGCAUUUGUUCAUACAGUCCUGUUUUUUCCUUGUUGGUGUGUUGAUUGUGCUGUCAUUGUUACUGAUCUUUUUAACAGUGUAAAGCAAUUCUCGUCUGAUAUUCGCUUUUGCUUUUGUCGUGAUUGUUGCAAGUUAAUCGGACAUGGGUGCUAGUUAUUGUCA